AUGGUGCUGCGUUCAUAUGGACUAGGAGAUAUUAUUGACGGUACGCGUGAACGUGUAGAGUUGCCGCAAGAUGCGACAAGUGCACAAAAAGAAGCGUAUGUGGAAUGGCACAAGGACGACGCAAAGGCAGCAAGUCUUACAGCAAGUGCGCUAAGUAAACCUGUUGCAGAACUCCUCGUAACGUGCAAGAAUGCUAAAGAAAUCUGGGACAAAUUACACGCCCGAUUUGAACAUAGCAGUACUCAGCGUUUGAAUAUGUUGAUUGAAACAUUUUUCCGUGUUAAACGUGUUGAAACGGAAGAUAUUAGUGCACAUGUGGCCAAACUGCAAAAGUUAUUUGUGGACCUGAACGAUGGAUUAGCAAAACAUGAAGAAAAUACGCCAUCUGAAAGAAUUUUAAAUGGUCGAAUUUUGUCCACACUGGGAAAAGACCGACAAUUUUAA